GUAAAUGGAAAUGUCAGAGUUAUCAUAGUUUCAAAAUCGUUGGAAUAGCAACAUUUUGGAAUCAUCCAGAAACAUACGUCCAGAAUGGCGGGCACGCAAUAUGGACACGUCGCCGACGUUGAGUAUCGGUGGCUCGAGGGCGAGGGCAGCGCUUCUGACCACGAGCGGCACCGGAACCGGAAGCACCGAUAGACGCGUCGUCUUUUUAGCGAGUCAACCGGCGGUUGGGGGUGGCCACGAGACCAAGACUUGGCCCCACCAUUGGUCACCGCACGCGACCGGUAACAGUUACAAAUCGCCCGAGGAGUCGCCGCAUUCGGAGCACAGCAGAUUGAGGAUGUCUCGAGGACAGACGGGUUGGUCGGACGAGCCGUGCGCGUCGUCGAGCGGCGGUCGAAGCGGGCGACAAUCCGCGGGGCCAUCGGCGAGGACGACGCCUCCAAUCUUCGAGGACCGGUCUUCCGCCACCUCGAUCUGUAAAGGUGGAUUCAGAUUAGGCGUUUACGGUUGGAGGAAAAAGUGUUUGUACUCUCUGGUGCUCGCCCUGAUGCUGAUCGUGAUCCUGAACCUGGCGCUCACCGUGUGGCUGCUCAAAGUCAUGGGAUUCAGUACGGAGGGAAUCGGCUCCCUGAAGGUGGUGCCCGGAGGGAUCGAGCUCAGAGGUCAGGCCGCCGUCCUGGAUGCCCUGGUGGCCUCCAGCCUCAGAUCCAGACGGGGAAAGAAUCUGGUUCUCGAGUCGUGGAACAACUUCACGGCGUCGGCCAGGUCGCACGAUGGCCGAUUGCUCGCCCGAUUCACAGUUGGCGAGGAUCGUGUGGACUGCGUGUCGAGAGGCUUCCGGAUAACCGACCCUCAAGGAGGAAUUCUCUUCUCGGUGGACAGGGAGCAGGUGGUGGUCGGGGCGGAGAUGUUGAAGGUGACCGGCGACGGGGGUGCCGUUUUCCAGGGCAGCGUUCAAACGCCUCUGGUCAGAGGGGAAUCUGGCCGUGGCCUCAGAUUGGAAUCAGCGACCAGAUCCCUGAAGAUCAGCGCCCCCCAACAAGUGGCAAUCGAGUCGUGGGCGAACGAGAUCUCGGCUUCCUGUCUAACGGAUCUGAAACUCGAGAGCGUGCACGGAGCGAUCAAGCUGGAGGCGAAGACUCUGUUCAUGAAAGGGUUGAAGACGGCCAGCCCGAGCCAAGGCCACUCGUCCAGGGAGCAACAGCAACAGCAGCAGCAACAGCAUUCACCGAGGACAGGGUCCUCCCCUCACCAGAGCCAAAGAGACACGACCAUCUAUCAGUUGUGUGCCUGUGCUAACGGGAAACUGUUCCUCGCCAGAUCCGAGGGGACGUGCCAAGCGGACAAAUCGAUUUGCUAAUACCUAGGACCACGAUCUAGAAAUCUACUGCCAUCACCACCACUAUUACCACUAUUACCACCACCACUACUACUACUAUUAUUACUACCACCACUACGCCUCGAAAAAUGGACGAUAGAGGACGGGAUCCACUUGGAAAUCGGCCGCUCGUGACGCGGUGAAUUGCGGUGGAUUUGGUCGAAAACGGUGGCGGUGAUCGAAAUUUGCCGAGAAUUUGCGGAAAAUCGACGGCAGAUGGCGAUGUCCAGUCCGAGCCUCGAGAUCGGCCUUCCCGCUUUCUCGCGCCCUGUGUCUCGAAAUUUUAGAAAUUUGGCGCGUGGACGCUUGCACUCGUCGCCAGCGUUGUUCCGCUGUUUUUUUUUAUCCCGCUGAUGGAUCCCGUGGAUGGACGAGGCGUCUCGGCGCCUCGCGAGGAGACAAGAUUGUAUGGCAAACGGGGAAAAAAGGAAGAAAAAGAAAAGAGGAGCCGAUUCGAUUCAAUUCGAUAUCCCGAUUGAACCGAUCGAGCGAAUGUAUAUCUUGUAUAUUAAAAUACGCGAAAUACUGAUUAUCAGAUAGAGUGAGCGGCUGGUAAUCGAAUCUCGUCAUCUCGUUCCUGUCUCUGCCCCCUGUUAGAUCGAGCCCCCUUGCUCCCACGGCCAAGUCUCUCCUGCUGGUUUCUUUGCGCAAACGUCGCGUGGCCAGUCGAUAGGCAACGAUUUGCAGUUCCUUUUUUCAGCCCGAUCGGACGAUGGAUGAGAAAAAUAUGGAGUGAGUGAAUGAGAGAGAGAGAGAGAAAGAGAGAUGUAUGGAAAAAGGAUGUAUCUUGCUGCGAUUAAGAUUAUAUAAUAGUUCAUAGCGCGCGCGCGCGCGUGUGUGUGUGUUUUUCGCCCGAUUCUGGAUACGAUUUAGAGAGAGAGAGAGAGACACGUCGCGAUUAGAGGAACGUUUUUAUUUUGGAGCGCGUUUUCGCGAUAAAAAUGGGAUGCGCAAGUGUAGUUCACUGUAAAAGGAUCCGGUUG